AGAACAACCAUGAUUCGUCCAUCUUUAAUCUUGUUACUAGCGGUUCUACCUUACAUAGUUUUAUGCUUGACACCCCUCCAAGAUAAACAAUGCCAAAGUGUCUACGCAAAAGCAUCUAGAAUAGUACGAAACAAAUGUCUCUUUCAACGUUACGGAUCUUGUAGCGGACGAAGGCAUGGCGGAAGAAGAUCGGGAGGAAGAUCGGGAGGAAGAUCCGGAACAUCAGAUGCCAUUGAUGAACGACAAAACAGUUGUUGUUACUGCCAUACUUUUCUAUUCAACAAUGCCUAUAGCGAUAGUGGUGAUAGCGUAGCAGUGCUGAUUGAAAGAAAAGGAAGCCUUCUACUGUUAGACGAUGGAGCUAUCACAGCAGAAAAUCUUCUACCUGCAGUCCAGCCUCCUUUGGAACUUGUUGAGAAUUGUCCGUUCGUCGAAGCCUUAACUUGUGAUGUUGCAGCUCCUUACCGUUCUGCUGAUGGCUCUUGUAACAACAUUCAGUUCCCCUAUCUUGGCCGAUCAAACACUCCUUUCGAUCGUUAUUUGCCAGCUGUUUACGAAGACGAUCUCAGCGCUCCUCGUGCUACCGGUGUUAAUGGAGGAAACCUUCCUGGAGCUCGAUUGGUUAGUACAACAUUCCAUGGCGCCAGUACUGAAGAAAACGUCAAUCCUGAUUUUACCCAUCUGAAAACAAUGUUCGGUGUAUUCCUCAACCACGAUCUUCAAGAUUAUCCUGCUAUGCCAACAAGUGGUGACUGCUGUGAAACUGAUGACAUAACAUGCAUGGCAUACACCCGUAGCCUAGCCACUCCCCCACUUUCCUGCGCUUUGGGUCCACGUGAACAGUUGAACGGCGCAACUAGCUACAUAGAUGCAUCUCAAGUGUAUGGCUCAGAUUUGACUAGGCAAACCACACUAAGGACAAUGACUGGUGGACUAAUGCGAACAACCCCGACUGAUGACCUCGACCUUCUACCCCAGUCUAACACCACAUUCUGUCUUGCCUCUGAAGGAAACCUCUGCUUCAUUGGAGGUGAUAAUCGAGUUAAUGUACAACCUAUGAUGAUGUCCCAACACACACUCUUCCUUCGAGAACACAACCGCGUAGCUAACGUUCUGAGCACCGCCCAACCAGAUUGGACCGACGAAAUCGUCUUUCAAGAAGCUCGCAAAAUCGUCAUUUCUGAGAUGCAACACAUUGCAUACGACGAAUAUCUACCCAAAGUACUCGGCCCUGAUAUUAUGAACACCUACAAUCUGAACUCACUUACAGAAGGUUACUCCUUGUACAUAGGUAACAUCAAUCCUGCUGUUCGUAAUGGUUUCGGCGCUGCUGGUAUUAUCUACAGUCACUCCGGAAUUAGAAGCCUUAUUUCCAUUGGAGAAACUCAGAAUGCUCUUAGUUCCCUGUUCUAUAACGCAGAUGUUUUCUAUGGAGAAACCGAUGCCCCUACUUUAGUUUACCGAGGACUUAUCUCUGAUUUGGCACAAGAAGUUGACAGACUGAUGUCGGAAGAUCUAACCAACAGAUUAGUUGAAACAGCCCCAGGAAAUGGCUGGGAUUUAGCUGCACUAGACAUCCAGCAAGGACGUGAUAACGGAAUCCCAACAUACACAGCUUGGAGACAGUGGUGUGGAUUGUCUGUUCCUGAAAACUUCACAGACCUCGUAGACCACACUGAAGAAAAUCAAAACCUUCUUUCACAACUUUACGAGAGUGUUGCCGAUAUUGACGUAUGGAGUGGUGGUGUGUCUGAAACUCAAGUUGCAGGUGGCGGUGUUGGUCCUACAUUAGCUUGCAUUACAGCACGACAGUUCCAAGCUUUGAAAGUCGGAGACAGAUUCUGGUACGAAAAUGCCGGCCCCAACCAGUUAUCGCUCGAUACUUUGGCUGCUGUAAGAAAUGUUACAAUGUCUCGAUUAAUCUGUGACAACACCAACAUCGAACAGAUCCAAGCUGAUGCUUUUCUGCGAAUCUCUGACACUAACCCCUUGGUGGACUGUGACAGUUUGCCAGCUGCUGAUGUCUGCGCUCUGGUGAGAAGUUACGGUGCUUGGUCUGCUUGGACUGCUUGCGUUGAUGGCCAGAUGAGUCGAACUAGAACUUGUGCCGCCCCAGUUGAUGGUCCUUGUUCUUGCGAUGGGGUAGCAGUAGAAACCCAAGUACAAGUGUGUCGAAACCGAGGCCAGCAAUAAAGGAUAUAAGCACAAGACAACGAUGAUAAUGAAAUGAAUAUAUAAAUGUCUAUGGAAUAUGAUUGUGAAUAAAUAUUUUCCUUGUCU